GUCUUCAAGAAUAUGGUGGCGGAGACUGUGAUUGUCACGUGGUUUAGCCACGCCCCUUCCAGCGGGAGAUUUGCUGUAGCGGUGGCGGGCUGCCGUGUAGAGAGGUGUUUGUGUGAGGUAGAGAGGAUCCAGUGCACUGUUGGCCACUAGAGUGUUAGAACUAUGUCCUCCUCAAAGUUAACAUUACCACCAUAUCCAGUAGAGAUUGGUUCAGUUAAAAGCUGCUUCCCUAAAAAACAUCUCCAGAACUACAUACAAUGUGGAAACUAUGCAAAAGUGAAAAAACUGCUGAAAAAGGGAACCAGCCUUACUGUCCUCCGCUGUUCUUGCUGCUUUUUGGGGAUUGGGAACGUCACAGAGCCUUCAGCCUAUCACCGUCCUCAGCGAUGUCCCGCCUCGGCCAAUGAUAGGCUGAGCGCAUUGUCAUGCAUCUUUCCUGAUAGCACAAAUUCCCAAGGACAAACGCCAUUGUUUGUAGCUGCAUUGCUUGGACUUCGAAAAAUUGUUGAAUUGCUUCUAAAUUUUGGAUCCAAUCCUAACCAAAAUGUUUUGUUUGCUUGCAGCCGAUGUCUAGAUUGGAGUACUCCAGUCCAUGCUGCAGCAUUUUCCUGUGACCAGUGGAUUAUAAGUAAACUCAUUGAUGCAGGAGGAGACCUGCGACUUCAUGAUCAGAAAUCCAAACAGCCAUAUGAAUGGGCGCUCAUGGCUGGAAAAGAUGAAAGUGCUCAGAUGAUUGACUUUAUCAAUCGCUGUACUAUUCACAUGGAAGCUUUAAUUCACUUUUGUCCUUUCAAGCCAUUGAAGAUUGACUCUAAUAGUGCAUCAUUCAUUGAUCUGCUAUCACCAAGAAAAGCUAACAGAUCUGUAUCAAAACCCAAUAAAUUUGAGAAUCUGUCAGGAAAGAAAGUAUGCAACUUCGGCUAUGGACAGUUUUGUGUGAGAGAUAAUGGGCAAGCUGGGUUUUUGUUAACUUUCCCUUUCAUUGAAGAAAAAAGCCUUGUACGGGAAGAAAAAGUGCCCAUUGUCUCCUAUGCUGCUGGACCAUAUAUGACAAUGACAAAUUUGCUGUGGGGAAGUACAGAAGUGACAGUUAAGGGGUUAAAUGAUACAGCUCAUAAAUGCUUUGCUGAUCUUCUUAUAGCAGAAGAGGAGAAUAUGAGUUAUGUGCAACAUCCUCUCAUCCUUCAGCUGUUAGCACUGUCUAAAUCACCUACCCUGGAAAGAAAACAACUCGUGUUUGAAAGGGUACCAUUUGGCUCGUUUUACAGCAUUAUACAUGAAAGGCGUUCAGAAUUCCCAGCAUUGGACAUGAAAACAAUAAUCCUCAUACUCCUUCAGAUGAUUGAGGCUCUUCUGUUUCUUCAUUGGCGUGGAUUCAUCCAUCGCUCUUUUUCUUCGCAUGCCAUUCAGAUUCUCUCAGUAGACACAAGCAGAGCCAAGAUAAGCAACUUUGAAUAUAUGGUAGAAAGAAAAGAUAAGAUGUGUGAUGGUAUCAUCAUUCCUAUACCUGCACAGCUGUAUCGCUGGUCAUCUCCUGAGGUAGUUGCAGGAAAAACUGGUACCAUAAAGUCUGAUAUUUACAGUUUUUGUGCCGUGAUGCAAGAAAGUUUAACAGACUCUCUACCAUGGAGUGGGGUAGAUGAUAAUACAGUUAAGGAUGCCAUGGCUUCAGGACAUUACUUAACUGUUGAUUCCAAUCUUUCUGAACCCUGUUAUACAAUAGUUACCACUGGGAUUCAGCCUAGACCCCAGGAACGCAUAACACAUCUUCAGGAUAUUUUAUAUUUACUGAAGAAUAAUUACAAGCAUGUCCUGCACAAAGUUCCAUGUACAAAACAGGCCCCUAAGGUUGUUGAGGCAGAAAGAGAUUGUAAAGGAUGGGAUAUUCCACCAGACAGAUUAAAUGAAAUUUCAGACCAAUUUUAUACAUGGAAAGAUAUUACUAGUUACAUUUCAAGCAGUGAUGUUUCCUGUAUUGAGACACAGUCUGGAACCCUUUUUGACAUGGUAGAACAAAUCGAUGAAAUGAUGGCCCACCCACACUUGCUAGAGCAGAAAAUUCAAAACAGGCCUGGGAAAUUCUAUCAAGAAAAUGUUGGAAGCGAUUGUGUGACAGAUACAAGUUUGGAGUCAGAAGAACUAGAUAUCGAUUGUAGCAGUUUAGGAACAAAUGAAUUACAAACACUAAAAAAUAGAGGGGAUUCUAUCCACAUACAUAACAAAUCCACCCUUGACAAUCUUCUAUCCAUUCAGACAGUUUUGCAAGAGCACCAUGCUAGCUCUGAUGCAGAAGAGGAACAUAAGCUAUCUAAAAGUGUCUUUGUGGAAGAAAAUGAAUUUCCUGUUACAGUUAAGGUUAAACAUGCGCAUCCACUGAACAUGAGUAAAUCUUAUGCCAAAGGCCCUCCACUUCAUUAUAUACCUCCUGAAGGGGCACAAUGCUCCAGAAUUGACAUCACGUCAGGUACAAGGAGAAUACGAAGUGAGAGUGUUGAAGAUGAAACAAAAAAGGCUUCAAAGAAGGAAGAAUGUUGUGCUGGCCCUGGCUCAUUGAAAGGGAAGACUCUUGAAAAGUUAUCUACUGGUCAGGAUUCCUUGCAGUUAACUGAGACAAGCUCCAAGCAGAGUGAAGCAGAUGAUAAUAUUAUGAGACAUCAGUAUUAUCCAGGUCCAAAUUCUGCUCAACAGGGGCAAACAAAGAAACUGGAAAGGGGAAGGUUGCUUUCUUCUUUGUUAAAGUCAGACAGUCAGCACCUACAGAGCAAAAAACAGUGUGAACAUGUAUGUGAUAUUGACAAAGAAGAGCAGAUAAAGCAAGAACAGAGAAGCAACAAGGAUCACUGUGAGGACAGUCGAGAAACAAAACUGGAGAAACUGUUCCGCCAUUUUGCAGGUAGAAGAUACCAGUCUAAUGAGAAUGAAGACGACGGGGAGAUCCCUGUGGGAAUGAAGCCACUCCAAGACAGUACUAAAGACAAUGAUGAUUCAAAUGAGAGCACUGAAACCAGUUACUUUACUCCCGAAACUGAUGUUGAUAAGACCGAAAAAGAGACACUCAAUGUAUGUGAUGUAUCAGACCAUAGCUUCGGAGAAUGGAGUCCUGCACCGUCUUCCACAGCGUGCUUCGAUAAAACAAUAUUAGCAUGGACUGAUGAAAGAGCAGUGGAAAAUAAUACUCCAGGGCAUAGAGUAUUGGAAAAGAAUACACCAGGGCAUACUGCAUUUGGCGUAUCAACAAAUACCAGGUCCACUAUAGAUGUUGAAGAAUUGUCAAGUAUUUCAUGUGAUCAGAAAAAUUCUCUGUUGCAACUUACCACUCCCAGAAAUACAGAAUCUUCAGCUAGACACAGUACUCCAUUGAGUCCAGGGAACCAUAUGUUGGAUGCAAUAUCUAAAAGAAGAUUCUUUCAGGAAAACCAGUUAAAAAGCCCUAGCACUCUUUAUGACAAACGUAUUUCUUCUCAUUCUUCAAGCUGCAAUGUUUCAACAAGUAAAACAUCAGAAUGCUUUUUUUCUGCUAUGUGUGAGUCUACAGACUAUGUCAGUCCAAGAAAGGAAAAAACCUUAAGUGUGAAAGAUCAGAAUGCAAACAUCACUUCUAUCAAGACACAUAAAUCAGGGUCUGAUGAAAACUUGUUGGCUAGAUCGCAGUGUUCAUUCAACAAAACUGAUCUUCAAUGCCAGAGCAUGGAAAUCACCUGUCUGGUUAAGGAGACCAUGUGUGGUCAUUCAGAAAGUGGUAUGUUUCAAUUUCAGGACAACAUUUCUGAAGCAAAACUACAUGUCCUGAAAAAAGGCAUUCAAGUCAUAAAAGUAUUGCAUGGUUUGAUUCAUAUCUUUUCACACACCUCUGUUGAUGCACUCAUUUCUUUGUUGGUGUAUAGCACCUAGUUUACAUAUUUUUUAAUGUUUGUUGUACUGUUUACACUUAAUGUACCUUUAUGACCAACCGUACAUCAUUCUGUACAACUUCAUCAACUUCAUGUAUAUGUUCUUUUGCGGUCUUAGGCCCUGUUCUUGUUUAUAUUUGUUCAGAAAAAAAUGUCAAUAAAAACUAUUGAUGCAUAAACUACAUUUCCUUGUAGUUUAAUGGCAUAUUUGGUUAAUAGGAUACCAGUCU